GGAUCCCGGGGCACUAAAGGGCCCCUGACUUGGCUCAGCGCGGCGACAUGGACCGGAUGGCGAGCUCUAUGAAGCAGGUGCCCAACCCACUGCCCAAGGUGCUGAGCCGGCGCGGGGUCGGCGCGGGGCUGGAGGCGGCGGAGCGGGAGAGCUUCGAGCGGACCCAGUACCCCACCAUGAGGAGCUGUGAUGGCCCAACUCAGCUCUGGGCCACAGAAGCCAUCUGGAACGGCUUUACCUCUUUCCUAAUGGCCCCAGGAUCCUCCUGGUCCAGUUUCCUUGCCCACCCAAUGGCCCAACCACUACCACAGUCCCCAUCUCCAACUAGACCCCAGGUUUGUCCCCCACUCAAACAUCACCUUAUGUAUCCAACCCAUCACAAACAGUGGCUUUAGGGAAGUGGAAAGUAGUUCUUGCCCUCAAAAAAGCUGGGGCCCUGCUGUAAUAACAGUACCUUGUCCAGAGCACUUUUCAGUUUAUAGAUAGGUAGAUAGAUAUGUAGAUAGGUAGAUGGUUGCUGUUGAGUCACUUCCAGCUUGUGGUGACCUUAUGUACGACAGACCAAAAUGUCCAGUCCUGCAUCCUCCUCACAAUCACCAGCAUGUUUAAGCCCUUCAUUGUGACUGUUCUGCCAGUCCAUCUCACAGAGAAUCUCCCUCACCCUCGCUGGCCCUCUGCUUCACCAAACAUGUUGUCCUCCUCCAGUGUUUGAGCCGUCCAGAUGACAUGUCCAGAGUAAGUGAGUCAGACAGUGUUCUGUUGUGGUCCAUAAGGUUUUC